AUGACUUCUACCACGGGAGUUUCAAUCAAAAACGCUAUUAAACAAAAGUUAGAAGAACUAGGGCUUAGCUUAGAUAAUCUCAGGGGUCAAGGCUAUGAUGGUGGAUCAAACAUGGCAGGCAAAAACAAUGGUGUUCAGGCACUAAUUUUAAACGAACAGCCAUUAGCAUUUUAUACCCAUUGUUUCAGUCAUUCACUUAAUUUAUGUAUAACUAAAGCGUGCGAAGUGUCUUCAAUAAAGCAUAUGAUGGGAGUUAUUGGUGCUGUUGCAUCUUUUUUCUCUGCUUCUGCAAAAAGAGCAGACAAAUUAAAAUCUGUUAUAGAAUCAGAAAUUUCAAAUACAGAAUCCAACAAACAGAGAAAGACUAAACUUAAAACAUUGUGCGAGACGCGUUGGGUUGAACGUCAUGACUCCUUGAUGACAUUUAAAGAAUUGUAUGUUUUUAUACUUAAUGCACUUGAAGAACUACAACAUGAUUCAAACACUGAAACUUCAAGUAAAGCAUUACUGUACUUAAAUUCUAUAACUAAAAGUGAAUUUCUAGUGGCUAUUGAUGUUGCGGCGCUUUGCCUUGCUUAUACAUUACAACUUAGUGUUGCUUUACAAUCUAAGCAACAAGACUUAUCAAGAGCAUUAUCCGAUGUCAUGGUUAUAAAAGGGGCAUUACAGAGUCUUCGGGAAGAUGCAGACAACCAGUUUAACAUAGUUUUUAAAAACGUAAUAGAAUUAGGAGAAAAAAUUAAUAUUGAAAUACGCAUGCCUCGAAAAUGUAACAGACAAAUAAAUAGAAUAAAUAUUGAUUCUGAAAAUGCUGAAAUAUAUUUCAAACGAUCAAUAUUUCUUCCUUUUCUUGAUUAUCUCAUUCAAUCAAUGGAUACACGGUUCGAUAAUAGACUAUCUAGCAUAAUCCCUCUAGAAGGUUUGAUUCCAAGUCAUUUUGAUGAGUAUGACGAGAGAACUAUUUUAGAAGCUGCCAAAAUAUACAGCAAUGAUUUAUCUAAUAAUAUGAACUCUACACUCAAAGCUGAAUUAUCAUUAUGGAGGCAACAAUGGAAAACUAACAACAUACCAAAGCCUGUCUCAGCUAUUGAAUCAAUGUCCCACUGUACUAACCUUGUACCUAACAUUAAAUUAUUGUUACAGUUGUUUGCAACCUUGCCUGUAACUUCUGCAACACCAGAAAGAACAUUUUCCACCCUGUCAAGAAUGAAAACAUACUUGAGGUCAACAAUGAUGGAGAAAAGAUUAAAUGGCUUAGCUAUGGCAAAUAUAAAUAAAAAAGAACUUGUUAAGGAAGCAGAUAUCAUUCAAGUUUUUGCUCAAAACGCCCCAAGAAGAAUGCAGUUAAAAGAUUGGAGCCUGUAG